CGCGCCGAGCGGGAGCCCGAGCCCGAGCCGGAGCCAGAGCGCGGGCAGCGCGGAGCGGGAGGCGGGAAGGCAGCGGUGUCCGGCGGCCCGCAGCCCCCGCUCGCUCCAGGACCCGCACAGCCACGGGGCAGGGGAGAAGUCGGAGACGCGGCGCAGGCGAGAACCCGCCGCCCCGCCCGGGGACCGGAGUCCCAGGGCGCGCACUGGCCGGCUGGCGUCCGAGGUGAGUCCCGGAGGAGGACGCGCCCACUGGAGGCACCUCCCGCGAGCUCCGGACUCAGCCCACCGGCACUGGGUCCUUGCAGGACGCCGGCCGCCGAGGAGGCGUCGGCCGGGAGCCAGCGCGGGAACAGCGGCGCGGCGCUCUCCCGAGGGUCGGAGGAGCCCGGCAAGAGGGAGCCGGGGUGCCCGGCCAUGCGCGGGGCGCAGUAGCAGGAGACGCGGGCCCAAUGGAGCGGGCCGGGGCGCGGGGACUGCCUGGAGGCCGCCGACCACCCAGGCUGCGGCUCGCGCUCGCGCUCCGGCUGGCCCUGCUACUAGCGCUGACGCCGUCGGGCCGCGCUGGGGCCCCGGAGGCUCAGGAGCCCUCGGCUCUCAGCACGGCGGCCCCGGCCGGGGGCGACCGAUGCCGCGGCUACUACGACGUGAUGGGCCAGUGGGACCCGCCAUUCAACUGCAGCUCCGGCGCCUACAGUUUCUGCUGCGGCACGUGCGGCUACCGCUUCUGCUGCCACGACGGGCCGCGGCGUCUUGACCAGAGCCGCUGCUCCAACUACGACACGCCAGCCUGGGUGCAGACUGGCCGGCCGCCUGCUCGCGCCCGCGACACCGCGGCGCCCCGGGACCCGGGCCGCGAGCGCAGCCACACAGCGGUCUACGCUGUGUGCGGCGUCGCCGCGCUCCUUGUGCUGGCCGGCAUCGGGGCGCGCCUGGGCCUGGAGAGGGCGCACAGCCCGCGCGCGCGGCGCACGGUGACCAGGACGCUGACGGAACUUCUGAAGCAGCCGGGCCCCCAGGAACCACUGCCUCCACCUCUGGGCCCACCCCUGGGUAGCUGUAUCCAGGUGCAGAUGGGAGAUGGCCUUCCCGGAGGGUCGCCCCACAACAGCACAGACAGGAAACGCCUCAACAACUCGGCCCUGGGGGCCGCCACGCCCGCGCCCCCGCGCGGACCCCGCUUGCAAGGCGGCGGCACCAGGACGCUGCAGCCCGACUACGCCAAGUACGCCACGCUCAAGGCCGCAGAGGCCGCUCCCCAGGACUUCUGCCAGCGUUUUCCCACCGCCGAGUCGGCCCCGCGGACCCUCCCGGCGCGGGCCCCGAGGCCUCCCGAGGACUUGCCCGCGCUGCUCGAGGCCUGCCCGUGGGCCCCCCCGGGCUACGCGGCCCCCGCCGCCGCGGCCCCGCUGGGGCCCUACGUAGCCUGGACCGCCGGGCGCCCGGCCCGGCCCGCCCCGCGCGGCCACCUGGCGGCCCAUGCCUCUCCUGCACCCCGGAGGCCGGGCCACGCGCCGCGGCGCCAGUUCAGCGUGGAGAAGCUGCCCGAGGCCUUCAGCGUGCAGCACCCUGGGCUUUACAGUGGUGCGGGCCGCGGACCCCGGCACCUGAGCACCAACAGCAAAGCCGAGGUCACCGUGUGAAGCUGGGCCGCCCAACGGAGGCACAGGAGUCCAGGGCCCCGGGGCACGGAGGAACCCAAGGCCGGCGUCCACCCUAGUCUAGUCUGGGUGGAUGCCUAGGGGCCUUGGAGCCUGCAGUGCUAAGACAGGACCUGCUGGGAAUGGCCGGUGGUUCUGUCGCAGGGGCCACAGGCCCCGUUCCUCGUGUAAAUAAACCCUCUAAUGUGGUUCCUGCUGAUGGCAGCAUCAGUCAUUGAAUAGACAGCAGGGCAGGCAAAGGGCGGAGCAGAGGAUCACUGGCAGGCAGCUGUGCUGGGAGCCAGGGAGAAGUGGCUGGAGAGGGUGGCCAGGGCUGAAUGCCAGGCUUAGGGCCCACACCAGGGGGACACGUGGGAGGGAGGCAGUUAGACCUCAGUCAUCCUAAGUUCAGGGCCCCGGGAGAGAACCGUUGGGCUCUCUAGGGAGUGUGUGCCUUUUACUGGAGGUGAGCCCCCCAGCUGGUCAUCCGCUCUACAGCUUGACUUGGCAAAACCUGGCUGAUCUUCACUGACAUAGUCUGGCCCUGGGCCUGCCCCUGGCCUGUGGGCUGCUUGACAAGUUGGCCUAGGGCCACCCCCCUAAUGGUUGCGGGCCAUGACGACACCUGGUGUUCAGGAUAGA